AUGCUGCUUGGCUUGUAUAAACGCGCUUUAGAAGCUAGAGUUGAUGAUGUAAAAGUGGACUUCGCUCAACAAGCUCUUCUGCAUGAAAAUUCGAAGCAAGGACCUAAGAACGAGUAAGUUAAGAAUAAGUCUGCCUUAAAGAAUCAUGGUCAACCAAGAUGCAUUGCGCGCUAUGUAAAUAUUUAUGUAUACGGGCCGGGAGCUAAAAAUAGUGUUGUCUUCGAAAAUAGUCAUACACUAAAAACAUAGCACUUGUGCAAAACAAAACAAAGUACUAAAAGUUACAUCGCUUUUCUAACGAUUGCAAUGGAUGGAUUGCAAUGUAUUGCAAUCGACCACUACCAGAACUGGAAAUUUCCCAGAAUGGAAUCAGAUCGAAUGAUCUGUAGAAAGUAUAGUUGAAACGUAUUAGGACCCUUUAUAGCUUUUACUGGUUUUACUCUUUUUACUGCGAAGUAUAACAAGCUAAAUCCUCUAAGAGAUUGCUUUUGCAAGUCUGUGAUUGCAAAAAUACAUGUAGUAGAAACAUAACUACAAAAUCGAAGGGAUGUCCAUGUAGGACUGCGAGUGUAAACUGCAUGCUGUGACGAGUGUUCAUUUGCCAAGAAGAAAGCUGCUUGCAAAAACAAAUUACAGACUAAUGCAGAUCAUAGCGAUCAUGGGACCUCCACUACUCCACCAGACCUUGCAACUCCUGUCAGGGCAGUAAAGUAUACUACAUUGAUUUUCUUUGGACCUAAAAUACUCGUUUUCGUUCGCAAAUGGCACACUAAGUUGUGAAUCUAUUGGCUCGGGAGUCCCAUUGUUCAAAAACAAUUUUUCUUAAUGAGAAAACGUACAUUUUACUGUAGUAUAUUUGUAUAGGAUCCGUUGAAUAGAUGUAUUAUCGAAUACCUUGAUUUUGUUGCAAGGGAUAAUUCCCUAUUUUUAUUAUAACUUUAGGCUUGUUUAAAAAAGACCAACCUGAGUGCUGGAUACCCGUAUAGGACUCUAAACUUGGCAUGUUAUGACAUAUGCAAAUGUGGCACAACCAAAGCCGAAUGUAAGAAUAUAUAAAGAUGUUCAAGAUUUUCAUAGACAUAGUAAAUAGAUAGUAGUUGAUUAAUUCUAUAUAAUUUAUAACUUUUGUAUAUAUCUCUAAGUGCACGACCCUGGGAAUUUAUGGGAAUUUAUGGGAAUUUAUCCGGAUGAUUGGAAGAUGGCUAGAGUUUUACCUAUCUUUAAAAAUGGGGAUAAAGGUGAUCUCGGCAACUAUCGACCUAUUUCAGUCAUAUCUGCAAUUGCUAAAAGUUUUGGAAGGCUCGUUUAUGACCAAUUUUAUGCAUAUUUAACUGAUAAUCAGCUUAUCAAUCCUUAUCAAUCUGGCUUUAGGUCUAAUUACAGCACCCUCACUUCUUUACUAGAAGCAACUAAUAACUGGUGUGUCAAUAUCGAUAGAGGUCUUUUAAACGGCGUAGUCUUCAUUGACCUGAAGAAGGCCUUUGACACUAUUGACUAUAACAUUUUACUUUCAAAGUUGAAAGCAUAUGGUGUGGAUGACUUGGCACAAUCUUGGUUUAGAUCCUAUUUAACUGAUCGUAAGCAAAAGUGUUUUGUUAACGGUCAGUUUUCUGGUAUCUCUUCUACAUCCAGAGGAGUUCCUCCGGGUUCAAUAAUCGGGCCUCUGCUAUUCUUGGUUUAUAUCAACAAUCUCCCAAACUGCCUGAAUGAGGGUUUCGCAAGGAUGUUUGCUGACGAUACCAACCUAAAUUUUAGUAGUGAUAAUUUAUCUCACCUUGAAUUUCUGAUGAAUUCUAGUCUGACUAACCUAAACAGAUGGUUAAUAGCCAACAAAUUAAGCUUGAAUAUUGCUAAAACUGAGUUCAUGAUCAUUGGUUCACGUCAGCGUUUAGCAACUUUUAAUAAUUACGAGUCAAGUGUCUCGGUCGACAAUGUGCCAGUGAGGCAAGUUAGUUCAACUAAAACCCUAGGGCUAACCUUGGAUGAAAACCUUACUUGGAGAAACCAUGUUGAGGUCAUCACUAAAAAGAUCUCUUCUGGUAUUGGAGCUUUAAAACGGGUGCGCGGGCUGAUUGACCAAGAAACUGCUAUUAAAGACUAUAAAGGUUUUAUUGAACCAUACUUUUCCUAUUGUGCUCCAGUAUGGGACGGCCUUGGAGUAACUCUAAGUGAUAGGCUUCAAAAACUUCAAAACAGAGCAGCUCGUGUUAUUACCCGUUCUUCUUACGAUAUUUCAUCUAGUCAACUUCUAGAUCAGCUGCAGUGGAACACUUUGUCGGUUAACCGUCAAAAGCAAAAAGCUGUUGUUAUGUUUAAAACACUUAAUGGUCAAUCUCCCCAGUACUUACAAGAAUUGUUUUCAUCCAGAUAUUUACUAAGAAAUUCUAAUGGCAAGUUGUUUAUUCCUAAGCCCAAUACUGAUUAUCUUAAGCGCUCCUUCAGUUAUAGUGGAGCAUCACUAUGGAACUGCUUGCCUGAAUCUCUUAGAUUAUCAUCAUCCCUCUCCUCGUUUAAAGGAAGUCUGGAAUCCCUAUAUUCUUCCAGUCCUACCGACUCCCACACGGCAACCAGGUAGAACAGUACCUCUCCUUCUUUUCUUCUUCCCUUCAAUCUUGUCUUCUUCCUAACUUAUAUUAAUUGCUUUUAUUUGUAAAUAGAUAAUUUUCAUAAAAUGUACUGAUGGUUCUCCGUGUUCUAAAUAAAGUCAUGUAUGUAUGUAUGUAUGUAUGACCCCACAAGCUUAUAUGCUUUAAACAUCAUCGUGCUUAAAUAAAGUCAUAUUAUUAUUAUUAAUAGAAAUCCAAGUACAUAUGCUAGACACCAAGAAGAAGUAGCAAUUGCAGAAAUCAAGGUAGCACUUGUAGGCUAAUAAUUAACAAUUAUACCAUAAGCUGAUGAGCUCGAGUCGUAUAUGAUGAUAGCCGACGAGGUUCAUAGCACCGAGUCGGCUAUCAGCCAUAUACGACGAGAGCGAAUGGUAUACUUGUUUUAUAAUAUAGUCUAAUAGCCAUUAACUGAAACAAUAAUUAAUUAUUCUCUGUUACAAUGUCUUGACAAUUUGUUCGGCCAAAAACCGCUUGGCCUUGAAAAUUUGAAACACUUUUGUUUUAGGCCUACAACUCGAAGACGAAGUGACAGAAAUGGUUUUAGAAACGGUAUAUCUCACAGAAAAGCUCAGAUAUAUUAUACAGAUGUUUGGUAGUAUAGUAAGAGCUUGUUGACUGCAAAUUCAUUUGUCUUUCGUUGCAAACUUUUCUGAACAAUUUAUAUUCUCAAUGAACAUGUUUUUUUCGCUGUUGUUUCGGUAUUAUUAUUCUUUAAAAUACUUGUACUUAAACUAGUUUCUAUUGUAAUAAAUGUAUUUUGCUAACCUGUAAAACUUUUUUGAGAGUUUUUCCUUGUACUAUUAUCAUUCUCAAAGCGAAUAUUUUCCUUUUUUCUGCUUCGCAAAACUCAAAGUUGUUUUUGGACCGCCAUCUUGUUCUUCGCUACUCGCUGCAUAUAAGAUGAUAUACGGCGAGUAAUUCAAGACAGCUCAUAUACGGUGAAUGACUAUAUUAUAACUACAAAUAUACUAUACAUGUAAACCGAUGACCAUGAAAUAAAUUUUGGGUAUGCUUUAUGUUAUUAUAUAUUACAGUCUAUUACACUGUUAUAUAUUUUUGAAUUUUACGUUUUCAGAAUGAGAAUGUUUUAAAAACUAGUCUGGCUCUCAUUUUGACAGACAGGCUACAUAAUUAUAUCUACUUCAAAGGACAUGGAAAUAUAAAUUAAGUUUGUCGUAUUUGAAAGAACAUUUAAAAUUAUAUAUAGCCUAAACUUCUCUACAAUUAUUUCAUUUCAUGCUUGAUUUUUAAAAUAAAUCGACUUAUAUAUUUGGAUCAACAGCAGCGUGCAUUCCGCCACCUUGGACAUGCAUUCGACAUGCAUACGUCACAAGUACAGUAAAGAGCGAAAUUUUUAUCUUGCAAACCACAUGUCAUUAUCAAUACGAAACCUGAUUUUCCAAAUUGUUUUUAGUACUUAAUUAACUCACAACAUUUAAAGAAAUUUUCGAAGAAAUUUAGUACCACAUGAAGAAGUUUUAACAAGUUUACCCUGCUUUUGACCUCAUCACAAACUCAGUUAAGUCAAUAAUAAUACCAAGAUGGCGGACGGCAUUCUGGUUUUAGUCGAAAUGUUUCGAAAACCAAGCAAGGUACGAAAAUGUUGUAAAAGAUCUUCAUACAUAACUUUAAAAGUUCUUUCAAAUAAGACAAACUUUAAUUUUUAUUGCCAUAUCCUUUAAAACAUAAAAGGUUCCCUACGCUGAGGACCAGGCUCCCUACGCUGAGGGCAAGGUUCCUCAUGCUGAGAACAAAGUUCCUCACGCUGAGAACAAGGCUCCUAAAGCUGAAGACAAGGUUCCUCACGGUGAGGACAAGGUUCCUCACGCUGAGGACUAGGUUGCUCACGCUGAGGACAAGGUUCCUCACGCUGAGGACAAGGUUCCUCACGCUGAGAACAAGAUUCCUCACGAUGAGGACAAGGUUCCUCGCGCUGGGGACAAAAUUUCUCGCGCUGCCGACAAGGUUCCUCAAGCUGAGGACAAGGUUCCUCACGCUGAGGACAAGGUUCCUCACGCUGAGAACAGGGUUCAUCACGCUGAGGACAAGGUUCCUCACGCUGAGGACAAGGUUCCUCACGCUGAGGACAAGAUUCCUCACCCUGAGAACAAGAUUCCUCGCGCUGAGGACAAGGUUCCUCACGUUGAGGACAAGCUUCGUCACGCUGAAGAUAACGUUCUCUACGCUGAGGAUAAGGUUUCUCACGAUGAGAACAUGGUUCCUCACGCUGUGGACAAGUUUUCUCACACUGAGGACAAGGAUCCUCGCGCUGGGUAG